AGCUUUUGCAACCUGCACCGAUGAUCCGUUAAGUUUAAGGACCUUCCCUUUCGACACGAAAAGUCUAGAAAACCUUAGACCGUGCCGUGCCGCAUCAUACCACACCGCACGCACGCACGCACGUCCCGUUCAAAAUGCCACCCGAUCCUCUCUCUGCUGAGGCCCGAGUGCCCAUGCUCUCGCCCACGCCCUCGCCUCUCCCGUCUCCCUCUCCCUCCCCGCGCUCGAGCUCGCCGAGAACAGACGCCACCGCCGUCGUACCUCCGUGGGUGCGUCCGAGCCCGCAGCGCCCAGCCUCGGGGCAAAAUAGCCGACGUCUAUCAACGCCGUACUCGCGGUCCGCCGCCGCCUCCGACGAGUCCCACGCGCCGCUGGGCCAGCGCCUGAUGCGCGGGAGCCUGACCCUCGCCAACAAGAUGCUCAAGCUAUUCUACACGCUCACCCCCUUGCAGCGCGUCCUCUUCGUGCUCGCCCUGCUCGCCGCCAACGUGCUCCUCGUCCUCGGCAUGGUGUACUCGCACCGCAUCUUCAAGGCGCUGGGGCCCGUGGCCCAGGGGUGGCGCGCGCUGCCGGGGGGCUGGGUCCUCGUCUUCCUGAUGACGUGCCUCAGCGGCUUCCCGCCCAUGAUCGGGUAUAGUACGUGCGUGACCGUCGCGGGCUUCGUGUACGGGUUCCCCGGCGGCUGGCCCAUCGUCGCGGGCGCCACCGUGUUCGGGUCGCUCGCCGCCUUCCUGACGAGCCGCACCGUGUUCGCGGGCUACGUGCACUCGCUCGUCGGCGCGGACAAGCGGUUCGUGGCGCUGGGCCAGGUGCUAAGGCGCGACGGCCUGCUCGUCCUCGCCGCCAUCCGCUUCUGCCCCUUACCCUUCAGCCUGAGCAACGGCUUCCUCGCUACGAUUUCUACUAUCACGCCCUUGCGCUUCGCGACGGCGACGGCGAUGGCGACGCCCAAGCUGCUCGUCCACGUCUUCAUCGGCAGCCGGCUCGCGCUGCUGGCCGAGAGCGGCGACGAGAUGAGCGUCGGCGAUAAGGUGGUCAACUACCUCAGCAUGCUGGUCGGGUCCGCCGUUGGCAUCGCGCUUAGCUUGUUCAUAUACCGGCGCACGAUGGCGCGCGCCAACGAGCUAGCGCGGGAGGAGGCGGCUGAGAAUGGCGGUGCGGGUGGAGGAGGCGACGUGGACUUGAGCUACGAGGACCUCGAGGAGGGGGUGCUGGGCCAGAGGCCCGGGGAGGCGGACGAGGCGGCGCUGAUGGACGACGAUGACAUCUCGUUGUGGGAGACGGAGGGGCUCGAGUCCGGAUACCGGGACGAGGAUACGGAGGGAGAGGGGAACGGGAAUGGAAACGGGAAGCAGAAUCACUGAAAGAAAAGAAGAAAGGAAAGGGGAGAAAAAGGAGACUGCGUACAUAAGAAUUUUGUAAUCUGAAAGUUUCUCAAUAAGGGUUUCGUGUACGGGGUAAGGGAGUAAGGGCAACGGUAUGUUUUGUUUGGCGUUUUCGAGCGAGGUAAAGAAAGAAAGACGGAGAGGGAGUAUAAGACUAUAAGGCCAGCUCGCAUUUUUGCAUUUUGGAACGGGGACUUGGGGUUUUGGUAUUGGGAUUGGGUGGUUGGGAUGUACGGGCAUACAAGUACAAGAUCAUUAUCAUAUCGCAAUAGUUAGACACGGACGGGGAUGGCUAGGCCGGGGAAAUGCUGAUAUCGUAAAAGAGAAAAGGUUGCAAUGCGAUA